AUGGAGAACUACUACGUGGACGAGAAUACGCGGCUCAAGUCAUUCAACACCAAUCUGGACGACAUGAUGGCCUCGGGUUCGGCCAUUCUGUCCGGUCUUCGGGACCAAAGAGUUUUGAGCACAUCUAUUGUCAAACGUCAGGCAAAUGAUGAAAACGACGCCGAAUUAUGCAAAGGAAGGCCUCCGAGUGAGUACUUCCGGCUGACGGCCGACGAAGAUUGUCGGGAUGUCGUCCGCUGUUCAGUGCAGGGAUUGCUGGCACUCAGGUGUCCGUCGGGUCUGGCUUUCGAUAUUGACAAACAGACCUGCGAUUGGAAGUCAAAUGUCAAGAAUUGCGCUCAACUCGAGAAGCCCCGUUUGACGGCACCACUGCUGGCCACGGAUGAGCCGAUCUGCGAGACGGGUAAACUCGCCUGCGGUAAUGGAGACUGUAUUGACAAAGAGCUCUUCUGUAACGGAUCGCCCGAUUGUGUCGACGGUUCCGAUGAAAACGCUUGCACCGUGGAGAAGGACCCGAACAGAGCUCCGCCUUGCGAUCAAAGUCAAUGCGUUCUUCCGGACUGUUUCUGUUCGCCGGACGGCACCCAAAUCCCGGCCAAACUGGAGCCGGCGAAUGUGCCCCAAAUGAUCAUGAUCUCUUUCGAUGACGCCAUUAACAACAAUAACAUCGAUAUCUACGAGAAGAUCUUCAAAGACGGCCGAAACAAUCCGAAUGGAUGUUCAAUCAAAUCCACUUUCUUUGUGUCCCAUAAAUACACCAAUUAUUCGGCCGUUCAGGAGAUGCACCGCAAGGGCCACGAAAUCGCCGCCCACUCUAUC